CUUUUGCGGACAGUUGAUGAGCUGCCUUCACGCCAAUCGGACGCGUAACGGCAACAAAAGCUGAACUGAACAAUCCGGACACACACACACACCUUUCCACCGUGUUCCAUCAUCAACAAAAGCAACAAAACUAUAUAUACUACAAAAAAAACCGAGUAAUAGUUGUGCGGCAGUAUUCAAAGAAUUUCAACAAAAAUCUGAUUGUUUUUCGCGUGUUAUGUGAUAAAUGCUUGCUUGGGAAUCUGUGCUUUUUUCGACGUGUAAAUUAUCCUGCGUGUACCACAAGAGCGCGUGUGUGUUUUUCCUGCUGUGCGGGAACGGGCUUCGUCCUGUGGGUGUUCUUGUGUCUGUGUUUGUGCGCAGGACAGGAAAGCUCCUUAUCAGUAGCAAAGCUACAGCGACAGAGACUGUAUUUUUGUUGAUACACAACGCAUAGUCCUUGCAAGGCCAACCAAAAAAACAAAAAAAAAAAAAAAAACAAAAACCGAAAACACAACAACAGCUGUUAGUUGUUCAACACACAUUUUGAUACAAAAUAAAAAGUAAUUUUUGUAAUAUUUAUAAGAGAAGAAACCAAAGAAACACGAAAAUUUAUAAAUAUAUAAUAAUAAUAACAAAAAGGAAAGGAAAGUAGAGCCAUAUACAAUCUUUUGAUUAAAUUUGAACCGAAGAACAUAAGAGAACACCAAAAUGUCUUCCAUGGCGGCAUUUGAUCAGUUCAAAAUUGGACUCAAAAUGGUGGACUUCAAAGUGCAACAGCGUCGCUAUAAGACCAGCGAAAAGACUGUCGUUGGCACUACCUAUGGACCCAUCAAGGGUGUGAAACGAAAGUCCAUCUAUGGCCAGCUAUAUUUCAGUUUCGAGCGGAUACCCUUUGCCAAGCCGCCGCUGGGAGAGCUGCGCUACAAGGCCCCGCAACCGCCAGAGAUCUGGACAGAGGUCCGCAGUUGUACAUCACAGGGUCCAAAGCCACUGCAGAAGCAUUUUGUAUUCGACAUGACAGACGGCUCCGAGGAUUGCCUGUACCUCAAUGUCUACACAAAGAAUUUAUAUCCCACCAAACCGAUGCCAGUGAUGGUCUGGAUCUAUGGCGGCGGCUUUCAAUUUGGCGAGGCCUCACGCGAGUGCUACAGUCCCGACUAUUUGCUGCGCGAAGAUGUGGUCGUAAUAUCCAUCAACUAUCGAUUGGGUCCAUUAGGUUUCCUUUGCUUAGAUGACCCUGAGCUUGAUGUACCCGGCAAUGCUGGGCUUAAGGAUCAGGUCCUGGCCCUCCGUUGGGUCAAGGCCAAUUGUUCUCGCUUUGGCGGUGACUCGGGGAACAUAACUAUUUUUGGUGAUAGCGCUGGCAGCGCCUCCGUGCACUACAUGAUGAUCACAGAGCAGACCCGUGGCCUCUUCCACAAGGCCAUCUGCAUGUCGGGCAACACACUCUCCCCCUGGGCGGUGACGCCGCAGAGGAAUUGGCCAUAUCGUCUAGCCGUCCAGGCGGGCUACACGGGUGAGAAUAACACCCGCGAUAUCUGGGAGUUUCUCAACAAUGCCAAAGGAUCCGACAUUAUCAAAGCCAACGGCGAACUGUGCAUCGAAGCGGAGAAGAAGGAGCGAAUUGGUUUCUCCUUUGGACCCGUCAUCGAACCCUUUGUCACCAGCCAUUGUGUGGUCCCCAAGAAGCCCAUCGAAAUGAUGCGCACCGCCUGGAGCAACAGUAUACCCCUCAUCUUGGGCGGCGUCUCCAACGAGGGUCUACUCCUGUAUUCGGAGACCAAGGCCAAACCCAAUUGUCUGAACGAGUUGGAUGAUUGCCGGUUUGUGGUGCCCAUUGAACUGAACAUGGAUCGGGACAGUGCUCUGUGCAAAGACUAUGGCGAACAGUUGAGGGAGUGCUACUAUGGCGAUAAAACGCCGAGUCUGGACACUCUCCACGAGUACCUCCAGAUGGUCUCCCAUGAGUACUUCUGGUUCCCCAUCUAUCGCACAGUAUUGUCCCGCCUGGAGUAUGCCAGGAGUGCACCCACCUAUUUGUAUCGCUUCGACUUUGACUCGAAGCACUUCAAUCACCUGCGUAUCCUGAGCUGCGGCAAGAAGGUGCGUGGCACCUGCCACGGCGACGAUCUCUCCUAUCUGUUCUACAAUUCACUUGCCCGCAAACUGAAGAAUCAUACGCGUGAAUACAAGUGCAUUGAGCGUCUGGUGGGUCUCUGGACCCAAUUUGCCGCCUCUGGCAAUCCCAACUUCGAUCCGGAACAGUCGGAUCUGUGGCAGCCAGUGUCCGCGGCGUCCUUGGAGAAGCGUCAGCUAAAGUGCCUUAAUAUAUCCGACGAGCUGAAGAUAAUCGAUGUGCCCGAUCUGCGUAAGCUGAUGGUCUGGGAGAGUUUCUUUAGACGCGACGAACUGCUUUGAGGUGGGGAGAAGCAGCGAUUGCGACUUGCGACUUGCGAUUGGUAUGGAAUGGAAUGUGUGGAGUAUCUCCACUUAGAUGUACAUAGAUCUGUAGCUUUAUCUGUACGAUUCUAAACAGCUUUAUGUUUGAAAGCCUCUGUUCAAAACAAUGCAAAAGCAUAGCUUUAGACCUUAAAAAAAAAACAACCCCCUCUACUGUUGUUAAGUUUUGCCAAUAUCGAAAGAUUCUAUUUAAGUGUGUUAAAGUUUUAGCAGCUAUAUGUAUGUAUCUAUCUGGAAUAGGUCUGAAAUAUAUCGGCAUGUUAUGAGUAUCGAAACCAAGUCGCAACUGAAAGUACCUUCUAUGAGAAACUACCAAAAAACCAAACAAACAAAACGGAAAACGGAAAACAGAAAACAAAGACAGCCAACAAAUCUGAGCUAAGCGAAAUGCUAUAUAAAUCUAUUUAAUGUUCCUUCAAUGAGCCCAUUUAACAUAAAAACAUAUAUCAAGUAUAUUUUCUAUCGAUAUAAGUUGAAUGUACUGUCCUCCGAAACGCACACACGUAAAUUUUAGUUAGGAUUUCAAUUAAAUAUAUUUUCUUCCAA